AUAGCGGUCCAUCCAUCCGAUGACGUGUUACAUCGCCGCCUUACUGUGACUUCCGGGUCUGAGUAAACAGUGUGCGGCUGUUCUCAUACAAAUCUGGAAGAUGUCGAAAGUAACGUUUAAAAUCACCCUGACUUCGGACCCUCGGUUACCUUAUAAAGUAUUAAGUGUACCUGAGAGCACGCCCUUCACUGCGGUUUUGAAAUUUGCAGCAGAAGAGUUUAAAGUGCCAGCUGCCACAAGUGCUAUCAUCACAAACGAUGGCAUCGGAAUCAACCCCGCACAGACAGCAGGAAAUGUGUUCCUAAAACACGGAUCAGAGCUCCGCAUCAUUCCCAGAGAUAGAGUUGGAGGAGAGCGCUGUCCACAGAUGUGACUGUUCAGACUUUUUGUCACAGAUGAUGAACAUACUUCAGUAUUUAUUGUCUGGCUGUGAGAUGUCAACUCUCAGCUGCUCCAACACGCACCGCUGCAACUCCAAAUCAGAGUACCUCACAAAUCAAAGUGACCACCAUCUAGAAAAUAUAUGAGAGGAAUUAAGAUCCACUAGGUGUUCAUUCACAACGUUUGACAUGCAACCCAUUAGACUUUUCAAUUUUUGAAUCGUACUCGUUCAUAAUUCAUACUUUCAAAGUCAUUUUGAAGUCACACUGCAUAAUUUUUGUAUGAAGCCUGUUCAAAUACUGCUGGUAAAAGUAAUUUCCAUUUUACUUUGAGUAGACCUGAAAAAUUGAUGAUCGUGUCAUCUUUUGCUUUUUUAAACACUUUAUAGUUUCUAUCAAAGAUACGCAAGCCUUUGGAAACAGCUGUUUUCAGGGGCACGUCAUAUAAAUGUAAAUGUAAUGACACAUUGCUGGUUUGUAGGUCAAUGGUAUCGCAUAUACGAAUGAUACAGAAGUGUGUUUAAACAAGCUCUAAUGCAUAACACAUAUUUCAUAAUGUACUUACAGUACUGUUCAACCAUAACCUUUAGUAAAAUAACAUCUUCCCUGGUUAUUAAAAAUGACGUUGUUACGUAAAA